CGAGUCGAUUUGGGCCAAAAAAAGAACAAACGGGUCAUUCUGAUGGUUCACCCAAAGACCCCAAAACAGAAGCGUCUUCUUCGUUAAACAUCAUCUUCUUCUUCUUUUUCCUGCUUGAAUCCUCUCGUCAAUAACUGAUUCAUCAUCUUCGCUCAAAUCUCUACCCUGUUUAAACCAGUUGAACUUCUGUUAAAACCCCUUGUUGCAUAGCUGGCGAUUGAGUGAUUCAAAGCUAUUCUAAGUGGGAAUGCAAAACGUGCUCCAUGCUAGAAAGGGCAUUCUUGAUACAUCAAAAAAGUGGAUAUGUGGAUCCUGGAUGGGAGCAUGGUACUGCUCAAGAUGUAAAAAAGAAGAAAGUGAGAUGCAAUUAUUGUGGGAAAGUAGUUAGUGGUGGGAUUUAUAGAUUGAAACAACAUUUAGCUAGAGUAUCAGGAGAAGUAACAUAUUGUGAAAAGGCUCCUGAAGAAGUCUGCUUAAAGAUGAAAGAAAUCAUGGAAGGAUGUCGAAUUGGUAAGAAACCAAAACAAAUUGAAUAUGAUGAACAAGCAUAUCUCAAUUUCCCUUCUAAUGAUGAUGUUGAAGAGGAAGAACAUGUUGGGUAUAGGAAUAAAGGGAAACAGUUAGUAGGGGACAAAGGUUUAGUGAUAAACAUGGCGCCUCUUAGGUCAUUAGGGUAUGUUGACCCUGGUUGGGAACAUGGGGUUGCUAGAGAUGAAAGGAAGAAAAAGGUUAAAUGCAAUUACUGUGAUAAAAUAGUGAGUGGAGGGAUUAAUCGAUUCAAGCAACAUUUAGCUAGAAUACCUGGUGAAGUUGCACCUUGUAAAAGUGCACCUGAAGAAGUUUAUUUGAAGAUAAAAGAAAAUAUGAAAUGGCAUCGAACUGGAAGGAGGCAUAGAAGACCUGAAGCUAAACAAGCUUCACCUUUUUACAUGCACUCUGAAAAUGAAGAUGAAGAAGAUGAACAAGAAGAAGAUGAAAUACAAGGACAAGGGCAUCUACUAAUGAGCAAUGAGAAACUAUUAUUAGGUGAUAAAAAAAGAUUCACAAGUGAUUCAAGAAGAUCCGAUUCCUUUUCAAAAAAACCAAAAUCCGAAACCCUUUUGAUACAUUCACAUUCACCAAAGAGUCAAAUAUCAGGUAAAGUAUCACGAAAGGAGGUGAUGUCAGCAAUUUGCAAGUUUUUUUAUCAUGCAGGAGUUCCCACACAUGCAGCAAACUCACCUUAUUUCCAUAAGAUGUUGGAGAUGGUGGGACAAUGUGGGCAAGAAUUAGUGGGUCCCACAAGUGUUAUGUUAUCAGGGAGGUUUUUACAAGAUGAAAUCUUGACCAUUAAAACGUAUCUAGCUGAGUAUAAAGCUUCAUGGGCAGUUACUGGUUGUUCUAUAUUAGCAGAUAGUUGGAAAGAUUCACAAAAUCGGACAUUAAUCAAUAUUUUGGUUUCAUGUCCACGUGGUUUACACUUUGUUUCUUGUAUUGAUGCCACUGAAUUUGUUGAAGAUUCACAAAGUUUAUUCAGGUUUCUUGAUAAAUUUGUGGAUGAGAUGGGUGAGGAAAACGUUGUUCAGGUUAUCACGGAAAACACACCAAGCUAUCAAGCAGCUGGAAAGAUGCUUGAAGAAAAAAGACAAAAUCUAUUCUGGACUCCAUGUGCUUCUUCUUGUAUUGAACAAAUGCUUGAAGAUUUUUUAAAAAUAAAAUGGGUUGCAGAAUGUAUAGAAAAAGGUCAAAAAAUCACAAAGCUUGUUUACAACCAUAUAUGGUUAUCAAGCUUAAUGAAAAGAGAAUACACAGGGGGACAAGAGCUUCUUACACCAUCUUUCACUCAAAAUUCUUCAAGUUUUUCAACAUUACAAACCCUAAUGGAUCAUAGAAUUUCUCUCAAACGUUUAUUCCAAUCCACUAAAUGGCUUUCAUCUCAAGUUUCAAAAUCAGAAGAGGGUGAAGAAGUUGAAAAAAUUGUAAUGAAUGCUACUUUUUGGAAAAAGGUGCAAUAUGUUAGGAGAUCAGUGGGCCCUAUUCUUGAAGUGCUUCAAAGGAUCAACAGUGAUGAUGGACUUUCAAUGGCAUAUAUAUACAAUGACAUGUACAAAGCAAAACUUGCUAUAAAAAGUAACCAUGGUGAUGAUGCAAGAAAAUAUGGAAACUUAUGGAGCAUAAUAGACAAUCACUGGAAUUCAUCUCUCAAUCAUCCUUUGUAUCUUGCUGCUUAUUUUCUAAAUCCAUCAUACAGAUAUCGACCUGAUUUUGUUAUAUAUCCUGAAGUUGUUCGUGGACUAAAUUCAUGCAUUGUUAGGUUUGAGCCAAACAAUUCCAGAAGGGUUUCAGCAUCAAAACAGAUUUCAGAUUUUGGUUCUGCAAAAGCUGAUUUUGGAACUGAUUUGGCUAUUAGCACUCGAACAGAACUAAAUCCAGCUGCAUGGUGGCAACAACAUGGGAUAAACUGUCUGGAGCUUCAACAGAUUGCUAUGAUGCCAAACACAUCGGCUUCCAUGGACACAGUUCUUCAAGAAGCUUUAUUGUAUGAUUGGAUUGUAAAACCAGAAAAACAAGCAUAUCAAGAAGACGAGGAGCUUUGUAGUGAAAUGGAACAAGGGGAUCCAUAUGAGAAUGGGUUGGUGGAAUAUGAAGAGGGGAGGAAGGGUUCAUUACAGGUGGUGACAAUGGUGGACAUUGAACCAUUAGAUACUCAUCCAAAUCCAGCCAAUAAUGUUGAAGAUGAAGAUGAUGACUUAAAUUUUCUGGAUGAUGGGUUGAGUGAUUCAUAGAUGGGUGUGGCACAUAAUGCUAGAGGAAGAGUGUUGUAUAGGGUGGUGUUAAUGUUAUGAUGUUUUACCACUUGUUGUAAUGCAAAAUGAUGUGUUGGUUUUUAUGAAAGGGCAUUGGGUUCUUAAUCAUAUCAUUGACAGAGUGA